GAAAAAGAAACUUAACCUCUCAUUGUCAAAAAUAAACGCGUUUGAGAAAACAUUGAGAGAAAAGUGAGGAAAUGGUAUUACAUUUAUAUAAAAAAAGCAGAUAUAAGAGAAAAGAAAUAAAAACAAUACACGAAACAAUACAGAAGAAUAAUAUACAAAGAUAAAACUUAUCUUAAAACAGAAGCAGUAAUGUAACAAGUGCAUCCUAACAAAGGAGCCGAGGGACAAAUAUAAAAAAAGAAAUAGCGUGAAAAAGAAUUAAAAUAGUGGAAAAAUGAUGAACGAAAAGAUGAUGGACGCGCGAAGACGCGAGAGAGAAUUAAUAGGAUUACGUGGAGUUCCUGAUGCUUGGAGCAAAUCUCCCGUUCAUAUUGAACACAGUUCAGACGAGGAGAGUGAAGAUUUGAUCAAGCAAAAGGAUAUUUCACCGAAGAAUCGCAAGAGAAAAAGACACGAUGCCAAAAAGAAGAAGAGUAAAAAACUGAAGAAGGAGAAGAAGGCGAAGAAGGAAAGAAGAAGGGAGAGAAAAGCGAAGAAGGAAGCAAAAAGGGAGAAAAGGAAGAAGAAGAAAGCGAAGAAGGACACAGACAGUAGUAGCAGUUCUGACAGCAGUGGCAACAGCAGCGACGAGGAGGUCUGGGUGGAGAAGACCACUAUCACGAAUAAGCCGAGACCCAGGAAGGGUUCGAGUUCGGACGACAGCGGCGGAGACGACGGUACGGUGGGACCGGCUCCGAAACCGCAUGUCACACUCUCGGCCAAGGACUUCGGCAAGGCCCUGCUACCGGGCGAGGGCGCGGCGAUGGCAGCUUACGUCGCUGAAGGCAAGCGUAUACCCAGAAGAGGCGAGAUCGGCCUCACUUCCGAGGAGAUCGCCUCAUACGAGUCAGUCGGUUAUGUCAUGAGCGGCAGCAGGCAUCGUCGCAUGGAAGCUGUUCGUAUACGUAAGGAGAAUCAGAUCUAUUCUGCUGAUGAAAAGCGUGCCUUGGCAAUGUUCAGCAAAGAAGAACGACAAAAGAGGGAAAAUCUUAUAUUAGGACAAUUCAGAGAGAUGAUUAAUCAGAAGAAAUUAGCACAGGAGAAGAAUUAAAACUUAAGUAAUGUGUAUAUAGAAUUCUAAUUCUCUUGUAAAAUUUUUUUGUAUAAUAUUAAGCCUUUGUAUAUUAAGGUAAUAUAGAAAAUAAUGUAUAUCAAUGCAUGUAUAUACUUAAGUACUAUUCAAUUUGUCAAAGCGUUUCGACAAAAAAUAUAAUACAUUCUCAAAUAGAUUGA